GCGCGGAUGCCCCCCGGAGCCGCGUGUUGGCAGGUGUCGGGGCCUGAGGCUGCCAGCAGACUAUGGGUACAACGGCCAGCACAGCCCAGCAGACGGUUUCGGCGGGUGCCCCCCUCGAGGGCCUCCAGGGCGGUGGCCCGAUGGACGGUCAGCACUCACCCAGUGUCCACUCCUUCCAGACCACAGGCUUGCACAACAGUAAAGCCAAGUCCAUCAUCCCCAACAAAGUGGCCCCCGUCGUGAUCACGUACAACUGCAGGGAGGAGUUCCAGAUCCACGACGAGCUACUCAAGGCCCAUUACACGCUGGGCCGGCUCUCAGAGGCCACCCCUGAACACUACCUGGUGCAGGGUCGCUACUUCCUGGUGCGGGAUGUUGUUGAGAAGAUGGAUGUUCUGGGCACCGUGCAGAGCUGUGGGGCCCCCAACUUCCGGCAGGUGCGGGGUGGGCUCACCGUGUUCGGCAUGGGGCAACCCACCCUCUCCGGAUUCAGGCGGGUCCUCCAGAAACUCCAGGAGGAUGGACACAGGGAGUGCAUCAUCUUCUGUGUGCGGGAGGAGCCCGUGCUGUUCCUGCGUGCUGGUGAGGACUUCGUGCCCUACACACCUCGAGACAAGCAGAAUCUUCGUGAGAACCUGCAGGGCCUUGGACCUGGCAUCCAGGCAGAGAGCCUGGAGCUGGCCAUCCGGAAGGAGAUCCAUGACUUUGCCCAGCUGAGUGAGAACACGUACCACGUGUACCACAAUAUUGAGGAUCUGCUGGGGGAGCCCCAUGCUGUGGCCAUCCGGGGUGAGGACGAUGUGCACGUGACCGAGGAGGUGUUCAAGCGGCCUCUCUUCCUGCAGCCCUCCUACAGGUACCACCGCCUGCCCCUGCCGGAGCAAGGGGCCCCCCUGGAAGCCCAGUUUGAUGCCUUUGUGAGCGUCCUUCGGGAGACCCCCAGCCUGCUGCCGCUCCGAGAUGCCCACGGGCCUCCCCCUGCUCUCCUCUUCAGCUGCCAGACAGGCGUGGGCAGGACCAACCUGGGAAUGACCCUGGGUACCCUCAUCCUGUUUCACCACAGCCGGGCUGCCUCGAGGCUGGAGUCUGUCCCCCUGCAGACCAAGCCACUGCCCAUGGAGCAGCUCCAGGUGAUCCAGAGCUUUCUCCACAUUGUGCCUCAGGGCAGGAAGAUGGUGGACGAGGUGGACAGAGCCAUCACCGCGUGUGCAGAGAUGCAUAACCUGAAGGAGGCCAUCUUGGAAAACCAGAGGAAGCUGGAAAGUGUCCGGCCGGCCGGCCCAGCCCAGGGAAGCAGCAGCCAGCAUGGUGUCCGGCAGAGGGCGCUGCAGAGCCUGGAGCGAUACUUCUACCUGGUCCUGUUUAACUACUAUCUCCAUGAGCAGUACCCGCUGGCCUUUGCCCUCAGUUUCAGCCGCUGGCUCUGUGCCCAUCCUGAGCUGUACCGCCUGCCUGUGACCCUGAGCUCAGCGGGGCCUGUCGUCCCUGGGGACCUCCUCACUAAGGGCUCUCUGGGGGCGGACGACCUCAUCUCCCCAGACGCACUCAGCACCGUCAGAGAGAUGGACGUGGCCAACUUCCGGCGGGUGCCCCGCAUGCCUAUCUAUGGCACAGCCCAGCCCAGCGCCAAGGCCCUGGGGAGUAUCCUGGCCUACCUGACUGAUGCCAAGCGGAAGCUGAAGCAUGUCGUGUGGGUCAACCUGAGGGAGGAGGCCGUGUUGGAGUGUGACGGGCACACCCACAGCCUGCGGUGGCCUGGGCCCCCCAUGGCCCCUGACCAGCUUGAGCACCUGGAGAUCCAGCUGAAGGCCCACCUGAGUACGCCUCUCCCAGGCACGGGGGGGCCACCGACUCACAGGUUCCAGACGUGCCUCACCACACGGGAGGUCUUCGCCCAGCACCGUGGGGCCUACCCCGGCCUCACUUACCACCGCAUCCCCGUGCCAGACUUCUGCGCCCCCUGCGAGGAGGAUCUCGACCGACUGCUCGAGGCCCUGCGGGCUGCCCUCGCCAAGGACGCGGGCACCGGCUUCGUGUUCAGCUGCCUCAGCGGCCAGGGCCGGACCACGACCGCCAUGGUGGUGGCUGUGCUCGCCUUCUGGCACAUCCAAGGCUUCCCCGAGGUGGGCGAGGAGGAGCUUGUGAGUGUGCCCGAUGCCAAGUUCACCAAGGGCGAGUUUGAGGUGGUGAUGAAGGUGGUGCAGCUGCUGCCCGCUGGGCACCAGGUGAAGAAGGAGGUAGAUGCAGCCCUGGACACAGUCAGUGAGACCAUGACGCCCAUGCACUACCACCUGCGGGAAAUCAUCAUCUGCACCUACCGCCAGGCCAAAGCGGCCAAAUCGGAGCCGGAGGCCCGGAGGCUGCAGCUUCGGAGCCUACAGUACCUGGAGCGCUACGUUUACCUGGUGCUCCUCAACGCCUACCUCCACCUGGAGAAGGCCGACUCCUGGCAGAGGCCCUUCAGCGCCUGGAUGCGGGAGGUGGCAUCAAAGGCCGGAGUCUAUGAGAUCCUCAAUCAGCUGGGCUUCCCCGAGCUGGAGAGCGUGCAGGACCAGCCCUUCUCCGGGCUGCGCUGCCGGUGGCAGGAGCGGAGCCACGGCCUUGAGCCCGCCGCUGCUGGAGACUUCCUGUAGGAGGUGCUCCCCCGCCCCUGUGUGCCCCCUCCCACAGGCGUGCUCCAGGUGCUCCUCACUGGGAGCCGUCCUGAGGAACCCAUUCCCCAGCUUCCCGCAGAGACUGGAGUGGGGUCGGGACCCUUUUUUAAGAAGAGGUUUUGAUAGGACAAUUAGUGCACAGGUAUACUUGUAAACCACAGGCGCACGGGCCCGGCGUGUGCCUUGCAGACCGAAGAUGGCUUCCAAGGAGCUCAGUCCCCAAGUAGCCACCAAACGAAGCCACGCUCCACUUGCACGCAUGCGCUUUCCUCUCCCGCUUCCGAGCGGUCCUCACAGCCUCAGGUGCAGAGUCCGGUUCCUUCUCUUGCCUUCUCUUGCUGCCCUCCUGCUCGGCUUCUCCCCUUUUGCUGCCUGAGCACUGCCCUGGGGCCCCUGGCUCCCCGGGGAGCGGACAGGGCUCUGGUGGACUGGUCGCUUUAAUGGCAGCCUCACCCAGUUCCCUGGCCUCUCGUGCCCCUUCUCCUUCCUUCCCCUUGUCCCUCUCCUGGGGAUGGCAGGACUGUGAGGGUCUCCAAGGAGCUGGAAGGGAGGGGUCCUCUCGGGAGGAAAGAGCUUCUAGAAGGUGGAUGCGGCCCCAGGAAGAGGUCUGCUCUGUUUCCCGGACGCCAGGGCGGGAAGGGCUGAGGAAGCCAAGCUCCCAGCAGUGGGUCCUUCCGUGCUUCUUCCCUGCCCUGGUGGCCUAGAUGGCUCCAGUCCCCAUCUGCUGCAGCAGGAGCCCCGAGGACUGCUGGGUGACCCUGAGGGAAUGGUGAAGAGGGCUAAGGAGCGUGUGAGGGCUCACCUGGGUGGCAGGCCAUCCGAGCUGAGGACCCCCCCGAGCUUCCCUCCAGAGGGAACAGAAGGGGCUGGUGAGCAGGAGGCCUCGGGAGCAGCCCUGUCCCGACAGUGGGAAGGCCGCUGGGAGGGGCGGGAGGGCGCGGUCCCGUGGAGUUGAGUCUGGCUCUUCCUCUGGGGACCGUUCUCCGCUGAAGCCCAGGGGCCGGCCGGCCUGAAGGCUGACUACGCGGCCCUCCCUGGUUGGGUGCGUGUGCUUCUGUGGAAAAACAGGCGGAUGUGUCUCUGUUCCCAUCUCCCUAGCAUUGGAAGGAAUUGGGCCGUCUUGGCUGAAAUCUGCGAAACUACUGUAUGUCCAUUCCCUCCCUUUUCAGAUCUGUCGGGUUUGUUGAUUUUUGCAUAUAUUGGAGAGUUUUGAUUUCUUUGCAGACAAGGUCUAGAGGAGGGGUCAGAGCUCAGGCUGAACCGAGAGGGAUCCUUUGUGUCUUCACGGUUGGCCCUGACUUUCAGCUGUGCUGGGACCACUGGCCGGUCACUGCGCCUCUCUGCCUCAGUUUCCCCGUUUGUAAAAUGGGAGAAUAAUACUUGCC